AGAAGAGAGAAACUCCCAAAGCUGCAGGUAUGGCGGAUGAGCAUAAAGUGUUUAUCCCGCCUAAGCGGGUGAACACUGAUUACCCAGUUAUUGACACAGAUCCACACUGGAGGAGAGCGUUCCGAUAUGCGAGACCUGAAGAUUGGACAUAUGGCGCCGGUAUGGCCGCGGUAGGACCAGCCUUCAUGAUGGUCACCGAACGAUACGCUCCCUCGUUUUCAGGCAAAGGUGCCUUCGGCCCUGUCUUCAGACUCAGUUGCGCCAUCGGUUUAAUAGCAGGUGCCGGAUUGGUCUAUCAGAGAAGUUGCUUGAGAUUUUACGGCUGGUCGGAGAACGAAAGAGAAGUCAAGCUGGACAUGAGAGAAAUGGUCGACAAAGUCAAGAAGGGCGAGCCUCUAUACGGCAACACCGACCUCACUCCUUACAUGCAGGGUGUCGCGGCGCGAAACAGCAGAUUCAGCGCUCUUAUGGCCAAUGUUGUCCCUUGGGCAAACUUUGUCAACCACAACCAGCACGGUGUUGAUACAGCAAAGUACUACCAACAGGCAGAACGGGAACUCGAAGCUGAGCGGUUGUCGAAGGGAGGCCAGUAGUUCGUUGCAUGCUGGGCCAGAUGAUAUUAACCGAAUCCUGGCGAAUGAGUUUUUAAAUGGACUCUAGGUCGGUUGUUCUCGAAAGUGUAUAUAAGCAUAAGAAAAGGGAGUGGUCCAGGUCGACCUGGCAAUAUAUGAUUUGUCAAUUCGAAA